UCAAGUUGACUUACCGAGGAGCCAUGCUGCCCAUCCAACUCCCUUUGUUGUUCCGCGACACAGGCGACCAGGGAGAUCUACGCGUGUCGCUGAACAAGGUCCUUGCCGGCUUGAUCGAUCUGGUCACCACCCUUCAGAAACGGUUACAUGAGAUUCUGGUACGGUACCCGCGACUCUAUUCGCUGCUUACAGUGUUCUGGUCUAUGGUCGUACGCGUGUUUAGGAGUGUAGCGAUAGUCUUCCGUCUUUUCACCACGAUUCCUCGCUCGCCACCCCUCGAACUCAACCAGUCUACUGCUGAUACUCCAACUAAUCGUGUAGAGCUGGAGGAUGCCAAGAAGACGACCAAAGAUUCCUGUGUGAUGGUGGGCGACAAGGCGCACUGCUGUGUACCAGAAUCCAGUAGUCUUUCUUUCGGGACGUCAGAGACUAGCGUUGGAGAAGACAUCGAUGGUGGUGUUGUUUCUUGCCGGGCCACUCAGUCCCUAAAGAGGUGUUCUUACCCCGGCAAGAGGGGUUGUGAGCUCAUCGCGAUAGCAGGCUCUCAGUACUGUCAACUUCAUCACGUUGAGCCAUGCUCCAGUAAGGAACAGCAACAACAACAAUGCGGAGGUCAUCUACGUGACGGCAUAGAUUUGAAUCAUAAUCAGGAUUUUGCCGAAGAGUGUGAUCAAAAGAAGUACUUUUCCCGCGAUUGCAACUGUGGUCCUAUGCUGUGCGUUGCGGACUUCGGAGGAAAGUGCGACACUGCGGACCCUGAGUGGCGCGAAAGAAUUGUGCGGCUGAGCCGAGAAUACAAUGAUAUUCCUAGAUGCCAACUUGAUUCCCAUAAGGUCGACACCACCGCGUUGUCGGCAACAAGCUGUCAAGCGGUGGCCACAAGGGUUACUAACAUGGUCGCGGACGCUUCUCGCAAAGGAGUUGCCGAUUUUGUCCUGGUUGAGUAUCAAUGUAAGGGUGCUGGUGUCACCUACGCUAUAGCUGAGAUGUUGGCUGACUCGAAUGAUAUAUCCCCAGAUACGAGAAUUACUUUUGUCUUGGUGACGAGCUGGUCGGACAAGUUGCCCUCAAGGGGCGCCUGCGGAGCGAUCGAGUCUCUUGGUCACAGUACCAGGGUGGAGUGUGUUGUGGUCGACCUCAAAGAUUUGUCAUUCCAUGGCUUAUUACAUGAAUUUGUCGAAGAGUGGAGGAAGCCUUACACCGUUGUUUACUCGACGCAUUUGUGCGGUGCUGAUGCUGACCUCGCCAUAAGAAGCUUGUCUCGAUCGCAAGGAUGCACCGAGGAACGCUGUGCAUCGCUUGUGGCCACUUCAUGUUGCCAUCACCAGUGUGAAUGGACUCACUUCGUGGGCAGAGCUCCGUGGAUACGGCGAUUUGGUCUUAGCCACUCGGACUUCGUGGGAUGUGUGGAAGCAUCAAGAUGGGGCGGAGACAAGUCAAGUGAGGAAGCCGCCGUUGGGCGGGUUGCCGCUCGGCUGAUUGACGCAGCUAGAUUUGCCUCAGUUGAGGAGUCUGAUGACUUCUCACUGUGGACGAGUGCUAAGACAUUCGAGCUCUGUUGUAGCACAGACACAGACGAUAAUUUUCUGCUCGAGUUCACCAUUGGGUCCAUCGGAGAUUAAUCUGAUGUUGCCUCGUGAAGAGUUGUAUUUGUUGAAAUAUAAUUCAGAAUUGAGCAAUUUUUUGCAGCCAGUUUUAGGGUGCAGCGAGUAC